CCGAGGGAAUGUUUGUAGGAAUGAACACAGACUGGUUCUGAGCCCAGCGGCAGCUGAGAAAACAUGUGCGAGCAAGGGCCCCUACUUUGCUGCGCGGGCUGCCGGUAUCCUAUCAUCAACGAACCGAUUCUAGAGGCUCUCAACGGCGAGUGGCACGCCAGCUGCUUCAGGUGCUCAGUGUGUAACCUAAUUCUAACGACGUGGUACUUUGAGAAGGAUGGCUACCUGUACUGCAGAAGAGACUACUGGGCGCGGUUCGGCCAGGCAUGUCACGGCUGUGCCCAGGUCAUCACGGGGCCCAUUAUGGCUGCCGGUGAACACAAGUACCACCCAGAGUGCUUCUUGUGCAUGAACUGUGGAAUCUAUAUCGGUGAUGGGGACACAUACGCACUAGUGGAGAGAUCCAAGCUGUACUGCGGGCCCUGCUACAGACAUCUCAUCAUCACACCGACCAAUCACCAGAGGUCUCCCACUAAUCACGUUCACAUCCCACACACUGUGUCACUGGUGGAGGUCCAGCCAACUCCCGAUGGCAGCAAGAGAUUCUCCUACGAGAAAACAGAAGGGAGAAGAAAGAGCCUUCGUGUGAAGGAGGUGGACCCCCUCAGCCCUGAUCUACACUUACAGCCAGGCGAUCGUAUUCUGGAAGUUAACGGUACACCUAUCAAGUCUGCCACCUGGGACGAGGUUGAAAGCAUUAUCCAACAAACUUCUCAGCCGCUACAACUGACUGUGGAACAUGAUCCACACUACAGAGAGCAGGACGGCUCGUCGGAGGGGUACUGCUCUGCACCCACCUCCCCCUUACAGAGAACAAAACUCACCAAGUCAUACAGCGAGAGCCAGUGUUCCAGUCCCGAGGUGGAGGGGAAGAAAAGACGGUCACUAGAAAGAACAAUGUCCAUGCCUGGUUCACCAGAUAUCAACUACCAGGGUUGUAGGGCCCUGUCUCCAAUGAGAAGAGAAUUGAACAGAUCAGAAUCAUUUAAACCUCACAAAACCAACACCAGAAUUUUCCGUCCUUGUGACUUGGUGCACGGAGAGGUUCUUGGGAAGGGUUUCUUUGGGCAAGCCAUCAAGGUCACACAUAGAGAAACAGGGGAGGUCAUGGUCAUGAAGGAGCUUGUCAAGUUUGAUGAAGAGGCUCAGAAAAACUUUCUCAAAGAGGUGAAAGUGAUGAGAUGUCUUCACCAUUCCAACGUUCUCAGAUUUAUCGGGGUUUUGUAUAAGGGCAAGAAACUCAACCUUGUCACGGAGUACAUCGAUGGAGGAACUCUGAAAGAUAAACUAAAAGACAUGGCUGAGCCUCUGCCUUGGAUCCAGAGAGUGAGAUAUGCAAAAGAUAUCGCAUCAGGAAUGGCUUACUUACACUCAAUGGGCAUCAUUCACAGAGACCUGACCUCACAAAACUGCUUUAUCAGACAGGAUACUCAAGAAAUUGUGGUGGCAGACUUCGGACUCUCAAGAGUCAUAGUGGAAGAGAAGGAGGAACGACCUCCAAACCUGAAGGCAGAGAGAAGGUUUAAGAAAGGCUCUCCUAAGAGGAAGAAGCGGUACACAGUCGUGGGCAACCCCUACUGGAUGGCUCCAGAGAUGCUGAGAGGGAAGAGUUACGACGAGAAAGUAGACCUGUUCUCCUUUGGAAUUGUGCUCUGUGAGAUAAUCGGCAGAGUGAAUGCAGACCCAGACUACCUCCCCAGAACGGAUGACUUUGGGCUGAAUGUGGAAGUGUUCAGGUCCAAGUUCUGCGAUGAUUGCCCCUCCCCAUUCUUUGAGGUUGCAGCCAUGUGUUGUGAACUAGACCCUGAGAAAAGACCAGACUUCUAUCAGGUGGAAAGCUGGUUCGAGUCGUUGUGUAUGCACCUGGAGCACGGCAUUCCGCUGUCGUCGGAGCUGAAGUGUAUCCAGGCCAGCGGCCAGCCCAGCUAUCCUGACCAGGGUGCUGUUUUCAUGCCUAGUAUAACGGUGAUGUUUGAUGAUGAUGUUAUCAACCUAUAGUUACCCAGGUCUUGCCAAGGAAACGAAUUGCAUCUUAAAGGCAUCCAAUGCAGUUUUUAGGGCUUGGAAACCAGAUUUUUCAAAGUCCAUAUUCUAGUCACUUAUCUACAUGAGUUGAAACCACACUAUCCCAAUGAAUAUUGACUCUCAAGGAGCAAAAAAUACCCAAAAUUGUGACAGAAA